AUGCCAGGGAGCGGGUUGGCGCCUAACCUUAAUCAAAGGCAGGCGGACGACAGACGGAAUCUCCAGCGACGGGUGAGGGUCAAUGGGGCUGUCGAAGGCAGGCGGACAAGCAGUCGUCGAUGGUCGGGGGGCUGGGGACGGGCGGGAAAGGGGAGGGCAGGCAGCGAUGAAUGCGACGUGCUUGAUGAGUCUGAUUGUCGGUACCAAUGUGAUCAGAGUUGCACCAAGGCGGGGGACAGGCUGAAGGGGGCGGCGAGGGGGCGAGGGAGCGAGGGGGCGAAGCUGCGAGGAAAAAAAAGUGAGGGCGGAUUUCAGCAGCAAAAACAGCUGGCGGUCAAGCGCCUGUUCCGGCCAUUGGGCCACAGCCAAAAAAAAGAGGGCCCUUUCCAGCCUGCAGCAUGCGCAGCACGCAGGCAGACAGGCAGCCAGCAAAAGUCCGAAUUCGGGUACAUUUUGGUCAAAUCAAGGGCUGGCGAGGCAAAGAAAAGCCGCCUGGUACCGCCGACUCGGUGGCUGAUUGGCUUCUCGCGUGCGUGUGGCAGCCAACUACCACCAACCUGCGGUGAGAGUGACACACAAUUUGGCUUUUUGGCAUCAACGUCACUCACGCACACGCCCUGA